AAAGCGUAAAAAACAGAAAAAGCAAGCGGAUAGAGUCAACUUAGAAGGAACGGAUAGUGAGGGAAGUGGUACACCAAUAGCAAGUCAGAGUGAGGAAUAUAAAAUUAUCAUCAAACUUUCUCAAGACGGUGCGUCGUUCGUCCCACACUCCAGUCCAGUAGGUGGCGGUAAUGCACCUUUGUUGGUUUGCCAACCGCCAAUAAACUCCAUAGAAGAAGAAGAAGAAGACACACUAGAAGGUUGCUUGCAACCGCCAUUAAACAAAAGAAGAAGAAAAAAAAGUAUUUUCAUUCUGUCUGACUGGCCUAACAGCUUCGUCAUAACACAUUUACGUUACGUUGGAUUUUCACUUUAUAUUCGGUUAUGUUAUCCGGUUCCUGGUCUUUUAUUAGAUUUAUUUAACACACACGAGCAUGUACCGUCCCGAUCAGCCAGUUGGCGUUCCGCGGCCUUUUGGGGUACCUCAACAUCACAACAGCCUGUACAAUGCCGGGGCUCCUUGUCUGCCUCCGAUACAUUUUCCUCCUGCACCGUGUGGAACAUUUUCGUCCUCGCCGAUGCCGGGCAAUCAAUUUCUACUCAACAGCCCUCCAGGACCUCAUCCAGUCAAUCCCCACUGUAGCAGCUUCCCCAUGGACCCUAAUACAGCGAUUUCUGCAGGAGGCAGCCAGCCGCUUGCCUCUCCAGCGCCAUGGAAUCUCCCUCCUGCCAAACAUCGACCAGACAACAGUGACCAUGCUGGUGAAGAGUUCUUGAGAUGUAUUGCCCAAAAUAAACCUUUUCCCGACUACCUUAAAGGAAACAUGGCCUGCAACCUGGCGGAUGCGUUAAAGUCGGCAAAUGUCCUAAAAGAGGCUGUCAAAUCAGAUCGUGUUUAUCAGAAGCAUUUGACCAGAAGCAAAAGUCGGAGCAGAAGUCGAAGCCAUGGCCGUAGCCGUGGAAGAUCUCGAUGCAAGAGUCGUGGACGAAGCCGAAGCAAAGGAAGGAGUAAAAGUUGUGUUCGUGGUAAAAGUCGUGCAAGAAGCAAAAGCAGAGUUCGAAGCCGAAGCCGAAGCAAGAAAAAUCGCACAAGGAGCAAAAGCAGACAUAGGCGUUCGACAUCACAAAGUAGCAGUAGCAGCAAGAGACAGCAUGGCAAAGACAACAAACAGGAAAGGAGUCCCAAGCACAGCAAUGGUGGUGCUAGUUGUAGUAGUAGUCUCCAAAGCAAUAGUUUGUUGGACGGACUAAAACUGGUCAUGAACAACAAAGACCUGGAAGAGCGGCUGCCCACUCUCAAAGAUGCAGUCCUCACAAUUCAGGCCUCUGAUAAACGCCUAGAAAUGCAACAUCCCAAAAUGGAGACUUCAACGUCGUCUGAAAUUGAGAGCAUGGUCCUGCCUCAUGACAGAGUAGGCAGUGACUUCUCUUGGCUUCAGCCCCAAAGUCAGAUGACGACAAGAGCUGAUGAAUAUGAAGACGAGGAGUCUUUCUUGUAUGGGAAUGAAGACGCAACAGACAAAAUGUUUGCCACUUUCCCAACUGGAGACUUGGUCAAACCAGACUGUGACAAAAAGAAGAGCUGCAAUCUGGGCAGCCAGCAGCAUCUCAGUAAUAAAUCAGAUUUCAGUAUUUCGGGUGGUCAGCUAUAUUCGAGCCAAGCCUUUCCUUCUCUGGACAACAAAGAAUGUGAGAAGCUAAAAAAUAUAUUAAAAGGUUUGCGCAAAACACAAAGUAGUAAUUCAACGGAAAAGACAGCCUGCCACAGUGAAGGAAAACCGUUGAUUUCUGCGCAAACUCUCAGUUCAGUCCCAUUGGUCGCUCCCUCAGGAUUACCACCUCAGCACAAACACAAUAUACGCCAAGCUUUGGUUUCUUUACAGUCACUCAUUAAAGUAACCAAAGAGAAACGGGAAAAGAGCGAAGGGGUUGGAAUAUCUCAGUCAUCCUGCACUCAACACAAGUCUGAUGAGGAAACCAAAAGGAACAAAGUGAAACAAAGCAAAAUACAUCAAGUUGAAGUGUUGACGAAAGAAGUUGGGACAUUGUUCAAAGAGGACGGAUUUGGUUUCCUUUCACCAGUGAUUGGUUUUUACUGCCAGAUAUGUGAGGAGUUCAUCGGCGAUUUGAAUGGUGCUGAAAGUCACGCAGCCGCCCACUGCCAACGAAACAUCGGCCGUAAAACGCAGGCGAAUAAACAUAGCGAAGAUGCUAAACAGCACUUAAGUCUGAAAGACAACAAGGGCCACAGUGGUACUGAAAGAGGAGACAAAGGGAAGGACAGAAUCAAACAGGAGGAUGAUUACAUUGCUCACAGGCAUGAGCAGAAGAAUCAUAUGUGGAAGGAGAUCAAGAAAGAGAGGAUGCUCAUUACUGUCUCUCGUUGUGUUACAUCUCCAAAUGUAGAGGAGCAGAACAAGGAUCAGCGUGUUGAAAGCCAUGCCAAAGUUAGGGAGGACACAAGAAGUAAAGGAACAUCCAAUGAGAAAAAGCUAAAAGAUGCAAAGGAAAAACAUGAAAGUAGCGACGACAGCCACGACGACAAACGAAAGGUUUCGAAAGAAAAGUCACACAAAAAGAAAAAGGACAAAAAGAAGAAGAAAAAGAAGAAUUAGUCGUAAGUCAUGUGUCGUUGGUUUUAUUAUUCCUUUUAUGAAUUUCCAAGUUCCUUUUUAUGUUAAAAAUCAGCAACUUGUUUUUGUUGGCUUGUUUACUAGAUUAGGAGAUACAUCAGCUGUGGGUAUUGAUUAGUCAGGUAUGAAAGAGUGCAAGGCAAAGAGCUAUCACUUUGAUGUCUGAACUUCCCGUAAAAAGAUUAAUCAUCAUGUCUUAAGUUCGCCACACUCUGGUUAAAAGGGUUCGAUGACAAUUGUAAUUACCAACAAUAACCAACAUUGUAACAUAAGUCCAAAAAGACAAGAAUAAUCAUAGGUCACCGGUAAACAACAUAAACAGAUCUCUGAGCUCAGUGUAUCGUAAAUUCAAAUACUGUAUAUUUCUCCCUGUAAAUAAACCGUUUUUCACAAGUUUUAGUGACCUGUGUUUCAGAUUUUGCUAUCCUUUGCUGAACCUUCCAUGUAUAUAUCAUAAGACAAAAUGUUUUAUAUUUUGAAUUGUUUUGCCUUUGGUGUCCAUAUUGGGGUCAUAUCGUUUUUGAAAAGAAGAUCAGUCGUGUGUGCUCAGUUCACUAAUAAAAAAAGAUAACAUGUUAUUUUCUUUUGCAGUGCUCUGCUGCUAAUAACACUCGCAUGUUUUUUCAUAUGUCAACCUGGACUUUUCAUUAUGGCAAUUUUUUCAGUUAUGUUUUUGUUCAUAUCUGGUGACAAUCAACAAACUCCACAAAGAUUUCAAAGAACGCUGUCAUAUACAAUAAACAAAGGUACCUGUAGAUUACAAACAAGUUUGUUUUACGAUCAAACUUAUUUACCAGCGAGCAGUCAACCUCUCAACUAUCUAGGCAGGACCCUGUGGGUGGUCACGGCAAGGUGUGAGAGGCAGGCGUUUAUUUUAGUAUGUUUCUUUAUUAAAAAAUUAAAAUUAAUACAAUACACAAACCUCCUUAAAAUGGGGAAAGACGAGGAAACAAUGUACCCCCAAAAAGACCCUAAAUAGGCCCCAUAGUAUCCAAAAACAGACCACCUUCCCUGUGAGUCCCAGAGAACCCUUAAUAGGAUGCACACACAAAUUCCUAGCAAAAAGUCAAGUGAACAACACAGCAACAUUUUCAGUCCUUGCCUGUGGAAAUGGUUCCAACAUGUAUUUCAAAAGAAAGUAUUACAGUUCUUGGGAUAGUCCCGUCAUACAGGGAAAAAAUGCAGAGAAAGGUUGCUGCUCAUUUGAAUCUGUCGCUCUCAUUGAGUGAAGUAGAGUCAACACGAUCAGGUCUGCAGUGACCACUUGGUCAAUGUCUGUAUGAAUUUAAAAUGUUUACGAUUUAUUUACUUUUCUUAUCCUCAAUACACUGUAGUACUUUGGGAUGCGUGUUUAAUUGGUUUUGUGAUGCAGCUUAUACCUUGAAAGAUGUGUAUUGUUAAACCGCGUCGCCCAUUGAAAUGAAUUAAAAUCUAUUUAAUUGGUGCUUGGCCCUUCCAAAACAUCACAAUUUUAACAUGUAACAUGCCUUUUAGAAUUAAAAAUAACAUUUUAGAUAAGACAUAUUGUAUGAAAAACAAUACAAUAGAAUGUACUGCAAACAACUGUAGUUUUGUUGUAAUAUAAUAAUGUACAGCAAUUGCGUUGGACAGUCCGGCUGCUUUGGAAUACACACUAUCAGCAGCUUCUUGAUAUUUUAAUGGAUAAAUGUCCGUUGUUUAGAAUUUUUUACCACGUUUUUGCUAUUAUUAUAUCCUUUAUUGACUCAUUCUGCCUCAUUAUGGUGCCAAUCAGUGACGUGCGGUGAGGUUCAUGGCUGGUGAGGCACUGACUUCAUCACAGUCAGAUUUACAAACAUAUGAACCCUAAAGAGUAUCUUAUUCACCAUUUGAUUGGCAGCAGUUAACGGAUUAUGUUUAAAAGCUCAUACCAGCAUUCUUCCCUGCUUGGCACUCAGCAUCAAGGGUUGGAAUUGGGGAUUAAAUCACCAAAAAUUAUUCCCGGGCGCGGCGCCGCUGCUUCCCACUGCUCCCCUCACCUCCCAGGGGGUGAACAAGGAGAUGGGUCAAAUGCAGAGGACAAAUUUCACCACACCUAGUGUGUGUGUGACAAUCAUUGGUACUUUAACUUAACUUUAACUUUACACAUACAAACUGUAGUACACAAAAAAGCAUAUUUAAUAAAAAAACGUUAUUAUGGUCUUACCUUUACUUAUAAAUGAAGUCCAUACCCCGCUGUUGUGCUGGAUUAAUGCACUCCCGUCAUAGAAUGCACCCCCCGACGGGAGUGUUAUAUCAACUAAAGCCCACACUUAAACUUUCCACGUGCAAGAUUUAAUCUAUUUAA